AUGACACUGCAGCAGCUGCUGGUGAACUUGGUACAGCCUCAGCCAAACUCAGGAAGCAUCCAGAGUCCCUUCAUCAUCGAGACAGUGAUCACAGAACAAGGAGUCAAGCCGCGAGCAGAACAGCAGCCCGGCCGCGCGCCGCCACCGCAGAGCACCGCGCGGCCGGAAGAGCCGCGUCGGCCCCGCCCCCUCUGUGUCGCGGGCGGGGCGUUUCCGGUGGGCGGGGCGCACGAGGUCCGCGCGGGUCCUACCUGGAGCGACACCGCGCGGCAGGGCGCCCGGCUCCGCGGCGUGGGCCGCCGCGCCCGCCCCAAAGGUCGUUUCGCCUGCAGUUUCCAACAUGGCAGGCAGGCAGGUUUUAUAGACAUGGAUAAGAAGUCUGCACACACAAGUUCUGAGGAUGCCAGGACCGGCAAAAGUGAAGGUAAACACAAACAAAAGAAAAGAGAAAAGCAAAACCAAGAACACCACCGAUCCCGACAUAGGUCAACAUCGUGUUCUUCAGAUGACUGUGUGUUUCCUUCUUCUGUAUCAUCUUCAGGAAGCCAAACGGAUUCAAGUUUAGAAGGUGCUGCCAAGGGAAGAAUUAAGAGAAAGAGAGGAAAGAAAAGCAGUAAACGGAGAAAAGAAAGAAAGGAGGCAUCUUCCGAGAUGUCCAUCAUUCUGUCUGGUCCUCCGUCUUUGAUCCGCACCAUUUGCCACUGAGACAUCAUCAUUCCUGUCUGCCUAGUCCUUUCAGAAUGGAUAUGCAAGACCUGGCGGAGCGGAGCCGGGAGGGCCUGUGCAGGGUGGAGGCCGUUGGAGUCACUUUUCUGCUGCCAGGGCCUUUGCCGGCCGCUCUGCUCCCAGCACGCCCCAGCCAUGCUCUCCGCCCUCGCCCGGCCUGCCGGCGCCGCGCCGCUCUCUGCCGCAGCUUCAGCACCUCGG